GCUGUGGUGAGGAAUUAAGAUUCAGGGGCUGGACAUUCCUCUAUACCCCUGAGGCUGACCAGCAAGAGAGCAAUUCAGCUAAACACUUCCAUUCAUUUGACUACUGCUAUACUUCCAGUGGAGGCUGAGCUGGGAGCUUCAUUUGAUUUAUUCUGCUAUUGUCCCUUCUUCUCAGCAUUAAGAUGUAUUUAUUAUGGACAAGCCUGGUGCUGUAUUCAAGUCUGCUGCUUUCUACACACUCUCAGCCUGAGAACCAGAAGGUAAAGCAGAAAAGCCUGCACAAGAAGGACCUGGAUAUCAUUGAAAGAUAUAAUGGGAUGUGUGUUCAAGGCGCUAUGGGCCCUUCUGGCCGAGAUGGAACUCCUGGUGUGAAUGGGAUUCCUGGGACUCCUGGAAUUCCCGGCCGUGAUGGAGCAAAAGGAGAGAAAGGGGAAUGCAUGAGGGAGAGCCUGGAAGAGUCCUGGACUCCAAACUUCAAGCAAUGCGCCUGGAGUGCAUUGAAUUAUGGCAUAGACCUCGGGAAAAUUGCAGAAUGUACAUUUACCAAAAUGCGAUCCCACAGUGCACUGCGGGUGGUGUUCAGUGGAUCCCUUCGGCUCAAGUGUAAAACGGCCUGCUGCCAGCGGUGGUACUUCACUUUUAAUGGAGCGGAAUGCUCUGGGCCUCUUCCCAUCGAGGCCAUUAUUUACUUAGACCAAGGAAGUGCAGAAUUUAACUCCACAAUUAACAUUCAUCGAACAUCAACUGUGGAGGGUCUGUGUGAAGGAAUCAGCGCCGGACUGGUGGAUGUUGCCGUCUGGGUGGGGACCUGUUCAGACUAUCCUAGAGGAGAUGCUUCUACUGGGUGGAACUCUGUGUCACGGAUCAUCAUAGAGGAGUUACCAAAAUAAAUCUCCCCCCCCCCAGCAUAACACAAACAACAAACUGUAUAAAUAAAAAUGUUCAGAUAAACUGAAAAAAAUGAAGUUUUAUAGAUACUGUAUAAACAAAUGAGUGGUGCUUUUUAGGAGUGUUUUAAUGCAAAAGUAACCUGUUCAUUAUAUUACCAGUUAAUCUAUCAUGUAUUUUCACUUACUUAGGCAGAUGUGUUCUCCAUAGACCUCAGCAACAAACAUAUGCAUUUGUUUGUGCAUGUAGUAAGCUAUUCUCUUAUACUGUAUCUUUAAAUUCAGGGGGGAUAGAGGAGAAACCUUUUUUUUCAGUGCAUUUUAUAAUAAAACGCCAUGUAUGAGGCGUACAGUAGGCCGGGUUGUACAUCUGAGAGCUGGCUUUGUUAAGGUUGCUGGACAAUUAAAACUGAGAUACUUGGCUCCUACAGGUUUUAGCAAAUUAGAAGAAUACACCAGUACUGUGUCAUUAAUUAUUGUGAUCACUUUGUUAGUUUCAUUUUUUUAAAGAAAUAAAAGUAAGACAUUUGG